GCAUUGAUGCACUCCCUUGGGCCUUAGAGUGACGCUAGCUGAGCCCAUUCGAAAUGUUCGCGGUCCUCUCGAGCGCGGACUGAGAUCCAUCGUCCAAGAUCUGUGUUCUGAUUUGCAUGCGUCUCUCCAUGCCGACAGCUACGCUGCCGACACGUGCAUCUUGACGCUUGCCUUGUCGGGCGAGCCUUCUUGGUCAAAGACACGUGAAAGCACCGGCGGUUGGCUACUGCUUGCGGCGCGAAAAAUGUGCAUUCGCACCUUGGUCGCACUGGACAGGGCGAGAUUGCCUGUCAGAAUUCCGAUGGGCGUUGGGAAAGCUGCAGUUCGAAAGAUGCGAGUGUACCUCACAGUGCUGCUGGCAGCAUCCGCCGUGCGCGGGAACGACAACGUCACGACGACAGCGCCACCGCCGAGCACGACGCCGCCAUCGGUCAUUACGUUUCCCCCGCGCACGACGCUGCCGCCCGCAGUCGUAUCUUGGCCGCCACCGUCGCCGAGCGCAAUACCGUUCGAGACACCAUUGUCACCGACGACGAGCCCAGACAGCGUAGAGGGCAUGCCAACCAUCGUUGUCGUCUCCACGGAGCGUCCAUCCAAGCAAAGCAGACCCAACUCCACCUCGUCCUCCUCAUUGUCGUCGGGAGGCCAGUCGCACAAGACGCUGUACGUACUGCUGGGCUUUGGCCUCGCCGUGUUUGUACUUGGUAUGCUUUUCGUGCUCAUUUGCUCGCUCUACAAGAAGAAGAUGAAGAUUCUGCGCCUCCGAGCGCUCCAGCACGCGUCAAACUCGCGUCAGGAAGCGAGCGACGCCACCGAGUUUGCACGCAUGCCAAGCCCGAAAGCCAAGCGCGUGUCGUUCGAAGUCCGAAGCACGCUCUCGUCCGAGCCCCGGUCGUCAGUCAACCCAGGAAAUAGGCUGCCACCAUUGACUGCCGAAAGUGCGACUCAUCAUCAUUUGUAA